AUUGUUCUGCAACACGGACCUGUUUUUACGGAGAAAUUUGAGUUACGGAGAAAAUAGAAUGGCUUCUUCAAGUUAUAUGAUUCCCGGUGACACGGGAAAAGAGAGCGGUACAAUUCGACAAAGACGACGGUCCACAGAUGCGCCACCCAAUAUGUCCACCACAACCAGGAUUGUACUCGUGGGGAAGACUGGUGCUGGCAAAAGCUCCUCAGGAAACACCAUCCUGGGCAGGAAAGCUUUUAAAGACGCCAAGUCAAGCUGCUCUGUGACUAAGGAGUGUUGUAAAGAGACUGAGGUGGUGGCUGGUAGACAGGUGGUGGUAGUGGACACACCUGGCAUAUUUGAUACAGAUCUAUCUGACCAAUAUUUAGAGAUGGAGGUCAGUAAAUGCAUCAACAUGACAUCUCCAGGUCCUCAUGCAAUCGUACUGGUCAUAAACCUGGGACCUUUCACAAAGGAAGAGCAGCUUACAGUACAUAAAAUCAGGGAAUUGUUUGGUGAUAAAUCUGACAGGUACAUUAUGAUCCUCUUCACUCAUGGCGAUGAGCUAGAUGAGGGCAUUGAAGACUAUUUGAAUGAGGAACAGAAAGACCUGAAGCUCCUAGUUGAGCAGUGUGGUGGAAGGUACCAUGUGUUUAACAACACUAAGAUGGAUGAGAGAAACCAGGUUCUAGAUCUUAUAGAGAAGAUUGACCAAAUGGUAGAAGUGAAUGGUCAAAGCUACUACACCAAUGACAUGUACCAGGAGGUUGAGGAGAAGCUUGUUGAGAAGGAGGAAGAGCUAAAGGGUCAAUAUCUUAAGAAACAACUUGAGUUAGAGGCUGAACUUCCACCCCUCUACCAAGAGAUAAGUCAGAAGGUAAGGGGGACAAUGGAAGCGUUUGAGCAGGCAAUGAAAGAAUUUCAAAGACAACGUAAAAACUUAGAACUAACAGAGCAAAACAAAAUCUGGAGAAUCAUUGAGCACUUACGUUACUUUGAUAGAAAGACAAGGGCUGUAAGGGAGGAGGCAGAGCAAACAUUUCAAGAAAUGGCCACAAGUUUGUGUAGAAAGUUGCAGAACAAGGCUCCACAAUAAAAUUAACAAUGUAUGUAACAACUGUAACAAUGUAGGUCACUGGACAACAGAAAACCAAAGAAAAUAUAACAUCUGAGAGUACCAAAGCACACAAGCACAAAAAUAAUAACAUAACCAGUACUCCAAAUAUGACAGGUUGGAUUGUCCUGUAAUCAGUUUAAUAGAUUUGGAGAAAAGAGUGUGAGAGAGAUGUGAUAUUCCUUGGUUCUGUGGGUGUAGUGUUCCAGGUAUGUGCUGCCCAAUAGGAACAGGCUGACUGCCCAAGGACACUUUUGAGAUGUGGUAUUUUACAGUCCCCUCUGGUAGGAGCUUUGAUUUUAAAUUAAUUCAUUGAGCGGAAGGAGCAGACCAUGACAUUUGUAUGUACAUUUGUAUGUAUGUGAUUUGUUUCAAAUAACUGACCUUUGGGUUGACUGAGAACAAUAUUGUUAGAUUUUUCUCUAGCAUUGACAGGAACCUAUACAAUGUAUUUUUCAUUAGCACUGAUGGCUUGAUUCAUCCAUUAAAUGUCACUGCCUUUAGAUGCCAUUAAGGUGUAUAUACUUCCUUUCUCUGAUACUGUGGACUGCUUUACUCCAAAAACUUUCUGUUCAGUUUCUUUUUUUAUGUACUGUAUUUUUUACAUUGUCAUUUUACUUGUACAUUGUUUUGAUGUAUAACCUAUAUUUUCAUAAUGCAGCAAGAAUGACUCUGACUGUAAAUUAUAUUAUAUAUUAUAUUGA